GAAGUUUAAAAAGUUUAACAGUUUUCAGUAUGAAAUAGUAAAAAAUGCAAAUAAGUUUUAAAAGCAUAAAGUUUGAAGGCAAUACAGUCUGUCAGAGAUAGAUAGUUGCUAUGCGGUUGCUAGGGUUUCUGGGGGGUUGCUAAGGCAUUACUAUCCAGUUGCUAUUUACUUGGGGUGGUUGUUAGGGUGUUGCUAUGUUUUGAAUACAAAAUAGACUGAAUUUAACAGAUAACAAUUAUGUCAGUUUAAUUGUUUUUAUAACAACAUACACAAAUCAUAACUUGAUUUUUGCAAGAAUUGUAAACCAAUGCUCUACGGUUAACAGUGAUUUUUGAUGUUUCCUCCUGCUCAUGUUUUAUGAACCCGUUCUGCAUGAUGUCAUGAAAGUCUUUCAGCAUAAUGUAUAUUACAAAGGCAGAGAGGAAACAAUUAUUUGUAUUAUUAUAUUAAAGUUCCUAAACAUUUUUAUAUUUUUCUUUACCACAGAAGCUCUGUCAGUUACGUUGAGACUGAUGAAUCCCCAAUCUUCCACAAUCGACUUCACAUAGGAUGAACUGUUUCCAGUUUCAGCAAAGCAGCAAGGAUGACUACACCUUAGAACUCUUCACUAACACUGCCUGCCUCACCUGGGCCACAGAGAAAACAAUGUUACUGCCUGUAAAUGGCACAAUUAACCUUUAACCUUACAGAUGAAUCAAUGCAGUAACACUGUUUUAUACCAUUGACAUUGUACCAAAUAUUCAGACUGAAUAUACAGAGGAGAACUGGUCCCCAGUGUUUUUGGUGAGCCUAGUUUCUCCAAAGGUUUUGUUUUUACUCCAGUAUCAGCAUUUUAAAGAUUUUUUUUUUUUUUUUUUUAGCACUGUUGCCUUUGGCUUGCUUGCUGUAUGUAUGAAGACUAAAGCAUUUAUCACCAACUAUUAAAACCAUAGGCCAUGUAGCAACUCCGGCUAGUGGAUUAGCACGCACGCGACCAAACACACAGACGGAUGAGAGAGAGGCUGGAGAGAUACAGGGAUACAGAUGAUGCUGAGAUCAUUGCACUUUCUGCUGCGAUUGUUGACCUAUUCCACUGCCUCCUCCUCCCCACUGCCAAGUGUGGCCAUCAGCACCUUCAUUUGAGGUGCCAUUGAUGCUUUGGCUCUCUAUUCAGGUCAUUGCAUCCUGUGAUAUUGUUGUAGUCUUGCACUGUCUCCUUGCCAAGUGUUGCCAUCAGCACCAUUUAAAGGAGAUAUUGAUACUUUGGCUCUCUAUAUGCAAAUUCAGAUCUGCUUCUAACCCUUACGCAACUACGCCUAGCUUGCUUAGCAUCUUUGAAAAAAAAGGCCAGAACCCUCAAUUUUUGAUCUACGACCAUCUAUGAUUCUGGAAAACUUGAUACACUGUUAAUACUUGAUACACUAUUUAUACUUGAUACCACAAAGAUUUACACCCAAUCUUACAACCUGAAAAAAUCAAUCUCAAACCACAGAAAAAAAAAAAAACUGAUAAGAAAACUGAGCUGCAUCUUCAGAAGGAGUAAGUAAAUUGACCUCUUCACUGUUUUCACUGUUUGUAUAUUCGUCAAGGACCACUGAUUUGACGACUACAUCAGCUUUGACACAACGAUAAGAUUUGUUACAUUUUAUAUAUAUCAGUAAAUAUAUUCAAUAAUCAGUAAUUAAAAAAAAUAUUCUUACAUUUACUACAUUUACUUCCCAGUGAUUAAAAGUCAAUAUGCCAAGAAAAGGAAAGAGGAGUGAAUCACAGAAACAGCGCAGAAAGCUACAGUCUUCAUUGGGCACCAGUAACAGUACCAACUCUGUAUCAGGUAUGAGUGAUGAAAACCCGUAUGUGCUGUCUGUUAAAGCGUCUCACUGUCAGACCGAUGUGAGGUACAGUGUGUAUUCCAGAGGGCGUCAGUGUACUUGUAAUUCCUUAAUAUUCCUAGCAGUCCAUAGUGAAAGAAAUGAGCUACAGAGUUUCGAUUUAGAUAGCAUUUUACAGAAAGGUGAUGCAGUCUACACUAAUGUCAAACGAGCUCUGCAGAGCAAAGGACAAUUUGUGGGUAAUUUUCUAAAUUUUGAUGAGCUACCGCAGACAAUUCAGACAAACUCUCGCUGCUACAACAUCCUGAAACAUCCCCAGAGGUUUGGAUUUCUGAGAGAUACACCUGCACUAGGCAACUAUGAAAAUCUUGAGAAUACUUUGCAGUGUCUCAGAGCUGAAGUGAGUGAUGCUUUGCUGUUGUGUGGAUGCUCUUGCAUCGCUGUAUUCAGAGAUCGAUCAGGGAGGUUUGGUUAUUUUGAUUCUCACUGCAGAUCAAUAUAUGGAAUGCCUGUUGAAGAAGGCACAGGCACAGCGGUAUUCCUGACGUUUUAUCAAUUAUCGGAUCUUGUGGACAGACUUUUACUAUUGUUUCAAGGGUGUUUCGAUAUGAGAGACCAGGAAGAGUUUGAGCUGCUGCCUGUAUCAUUCAUUAGCAUGAUGACUGAAAGCUGUGUACGUACUGAAGUCUCAUUUGAGAACAGAGCUAUGUCAAAUGAUGAACAAUGCUCAUCUGCUGAUGCCCCACAACAGUAUUUAGAAGUCAAAGAUCCAGCACAACAACUAUCUGACACUUCUGUUAACAGAGCCACAUCAAUUGAUGAACAAGCCCACUUGACUGAAGUCUCCCUGAACUGCUGUGACCUUGAACUUAAUGUGCAACCAUCUGUAUCGUUUGAGAAGAAAGAUCUGUCAAACGAUGAACAAUGCUCAUCUGCUGAUGCCCCACAACAGUAUUUAGAAGUCAAAGAUCCAGUACAACAACUAUCUGACACUGCUAACACAGUCACAUCAACUGAUGAACAAGCCCACUUGAUUUAUCAAGAUAAAAUGGAAGUUCAAACUACUGUUGUUCAAAAUCAAGACAAAUAUAAAAAUGUACCAUUGAGUGAACUUUCUCAUAACAUACUGUCACAGGAUCAAUUGCCAUUUUCAGCUCCAAAUCACCAGAAUUCACAUUUCACAGUCAAGCAGACAGAAAAGCUGAACAAGACUCAAAAGCGAAAGUCUUACUAUAAAAAAUGGUACAAAGAAAUGGUUCAGAGGCAAGGUGAUUAUGACAAAAAACAGGCUGUACGUGAAGUCUAUGAUUAUAAAACAAGUAGUGAAUACAGACAAAGACAUAACCAAGCCAUGAUGAACAACUAUUGGAAUAAAAUUACUUAUAGAGAAAAACACAAAGAAGCAAUGAAAAACAACUAUAAAAAUAAUGAAAAAUACAGAGGGAAUAAAAAGAGUAAAAUAACAUUGAAUUACAAGAAUGAUGAACAAUACAGGGAGAGACAAAAGAAUUAUAUCAUUCAGAAUUACAGAAAUCGGGAACAGUUCAGGGAGAGACAAAAAUUAUAA